AGUCAUGGGAGACAUAAUUUAGUUCUGACAGCAGACAUGCCAACAUACAGCAUGUGUUCAGACAAACUCAGGGAGAAGAAUUCAGAGGUCUGUGGCUGCAAUGUGAAGCCUACAGAGAUAGAGAAGGCUCAAGUGAAUGGGACCUGUCUGAUCAAGGCCAAAGAAGACAUGGAGAAACAGGGGGAAGGAGAGAAAGACAGUCAGACCACAGAAGAAAGCAAGAUUCAGGAAGACCUUCAGGAGUCUGAAGACCCUCGGAAACCUCAAGAGGACCAGGAGGAGGUUUUGGAGGACGUGCUGGGACCAAAUGAUGUGGUGUGUGAUACCUGCAUUGACCAUCCGUGUCGGGCCAAGAAGUCGUGCCUGACCUGCCUGGUGUCGUACUGCGAGGCUCACCUGAGGCCGCACCUGGAGAACGUCAAGUUUCAGAGCCACAAGCUGGUGGAGCCACUUCGAGACAUCGAGAGACGAACGUGUGAGACUCACCGCUGCCCGCUGGAGCUGUACUGCUGCGCUGAUGCAUUAUGUGUGUGUCAGGAGUGUGUGUCUGAGGACCAUCGGGGACACAACACAGUUGCCAUCACAGAAGCACGCCGGAAAGUAGAGAGAGAGCUUCAGGACAAACAGACAGACAUUGUGAAGACAGUCACAGCAGCAGAGAACGCCAUUAAUAAACUACAGGUCAACGCGGUGUCUAUAGAGGCAUCUGUGAAAGAGGUGCGUGGAGUGAUCGAAGAGCAGUUCAGUAUUCUGUUGGCGGCCGUGGAGCAGGUGAAAAAGGAGGUGAGCGAGAUUUUGGAAGUGGAGGAGCGUCAGGCACUGCGGCAGGCCGAAGGAAUCCGAGUUCAUCUGGAACAACGCUGCACAGAACUGAAGAAAACACAGACACAGAUAGAGAAAAUCACCAAGAACAAAAAUGACAUCGACUUCUUGCAGGAGUAUUCAGAGUGGAAAAAAGAAGCAACUGAUGUGUCUUUACCUGGUGUUUACAUUGGCCUCAUGGAUCGACUUCAGUCCUUCAGUCGCAUCAUCACGCAAUCCACGAAAGAGAUGUGCGACAACCUGCUUAAAUCAUAUCUCAAUAAACUUAAAGACACCUGCAAAAAUGAUAAUGUGGGCAUAAAGACGACAGUUUACGCCAUUAUCGCAGCAAAACAGAACCUGAAAAUACCGAACCCAAAGACCAGAGACGACUUCCUUAAAUAUGCCACGCCACUGAGCUUUGACGCAGAUACAGCACAUCAGUUUCUACGUCUGACCGAAGAGAGAAAGAAGGUCACAAACACAACACCAUGGCAGCACAGCUAUCCUGACCUUCCCGAGCGCUUCCAGCACUUUCGUCAGGUGCUGACGGUGGAAAGCUUCUACCUGGGCCGCCACUAUUUCGAGGUGGAUAUGCGAGGAGAGGGAACUCACGUCGGCCUGACGUACAAGAGCAUCGACCGCAAGGGCUCUGAGAGCAACAGCUGCAUCUCGGGUAAUGACUUCUCUUGGUGUCUGCAGUGGAACGGCCGGAACUUCUCCGCAUGGCACAGCGAUGUGGAGACACCGCUCAGCGUCCCAAAAGCCACAUGGAUCGGCAUGUAUGUGGACUACUCUCGUGGCGUGCUGGCAUUCCAUGAUGUGGAGAACAGCAUGGCCCUCAUUCAUCAGUACCAGACAGAGUUUCUCGAACCGCUCUAUCCAGCAUUCUGGCUUCCUAAAAAGGAGAACAUUGUGGUUUUGGUGGAGCCAGGCGGAGCACUAUCCCUGACAAUGCCGUCUCCUGUUUCCUCUCCUCCAUAAACUGCUCCUGAUCUGCCUUCUCAUAUCCACAUUAUUUCCAUCUCUGUAGAGAACAGACUUUUGACUGACACUGAAGUUUUAUGAUUACUACAAUGCAUUUCCAAGAUGUGUUAUAAUGUAUAUGGGUCAUUCCUGCUAUGCAGUACAUUUUCAUGUCCUCAUUAUAUGUCUUAAUAUUUUAGAUAAAAUAUAUGUACAUCAUCAAAUAUGAAAAUCAUUUUAGUUAAUGUUCAAUAAAAUUAAAACAAUUUGUACAAUAUUAAUAUCCCAAUUUAAAUGGUUAAAAAUCUAAAUUACCCUCAAGAAUGAACCAUUUAACAGCUACUGCCUUUUUGUGUAUUGGUAUUUGUAAAACAUGAAAAAAUAUUUUUAACAAAGGUCGACCAAUAGUAGAUUUUGUCGAUACUGUUAACUAAGGGGAUAGUUUAUAGAAUGUUAAAAAUUAGACACAAAGGCAAGAAGAGUCCAAAAUUAAUAAAAUCCUAGAUGCAGUUUAUUGUUCAACCAAAAUCCAAAUAAUAACCAGAAAAGAAUGAAGAUUUGAUGCAUGACACGAGACUUUUAACUAUAAACUAGUCCGAAACACACCAGGGACUCAUAUUUUGAAAUGACAGCGAUAUGGCUCCUUUGCAGUGCUCUGUAUUUAAGUAUUUAUCUUUUUUUGCCUGUAUAUUUCACCAGAUGAUGUUUAAUGAGAAAUAAGGUUUAUUUAUAUUCAAAAUAUAGGAAGUUUUCACCAUGUAUCUGCAGACGGGGCUCGUUUCCAUAUACUCAAACUUUUUUCAUUACCAUCGCUUCAAUUUAGAACAUUUUAUAAUUUAAUUAAAAUUACAAAAUGUGCACUGAAGCGGAGAUAAAAAUAUGAAUGAAUGUUGUCAAUGAUGAAAGAUUUAUAUACCUCACAGUAACACGGAGAAAUAAAAAAAAUACAAGCAAAUAUCGGCAUAGAUUUUUGCCGAUAACCGAUAGUUCCAAAAAGCAAAUAUUGGCAUAGAUUUUUGCAGAUAACCGAUAGUCCCAAAAAGCAAAUAUCGGCAUAGAUUUUUGCAGAUAACCGAUAGUUCCAAAAAGCAAAUAUCCGCAUAGAUUUUUGCCGAUAACCGAUAGUUCCAAAAAGCAAAUAUCGGCAUAGAUUUUUGCCAAUAACCGAUAGUUCCAAAAAGCAAAUAUCGGCAUAGAUUUUUGCAGAUAACCGAUAGUCCCAAAAAGCAAAUAUCGGCAUAGAUUUUUGCAGAUAACCGAUAGUCCCAAAAAGCAAAUAUCGGCAUAGAUUUUUGCAGAUAACCGAUAGUUCCAAAAAGCAAAUAUCGGCAUAGAUUUUUGCAGAUAACCGAUAGUUCCAAAAAGCAAAUAUUGGCAUAGAUUUUUGCAGAUAACCGAUAGUACCAAAAAGCAAAUAUCGGCAUAGAUUUUUGCAGAUAACCGAUAGUUCCAAAAAGCAAAUAUCGGCAUAGAUUUUUGCCGAUAACCGAUAGUUCCAAAAAGCAAAUAUCGGCAUAGAUUUUUGCCAAUAACAGAUAGUUCCAAAAAGCAAAUAUCGGCAUAGAUUUUUGCCGAUAACUGAUAGUUCUAAAAACCAAAUAUCGGCACAGAUUAAUCGGUAGAACCAAAAUAUCUGUCUACCUCUAGUUUUUAAUAUCACAUAUUGUAUGGUUACAUUCUUGCUUUAAUACAUAAGAAAAACAUUUCUCUACGUGUUUAUUCAAUGAUAUUGCACAAGAGACCCAGAUGACGUACGGUAACUGAACAUUAUUGUACAGUUCAAUAGGGCUGCUCACGGGUAUGAUCACAAGUCUCUAUACUGUCUGUAUGCUGCUGUUUUUCAAAUUGUUACAUUUUGUUCCUCUAUGAGUUGUGACAAUUACUUUGUCAACAAAAGCAACAUCAUGUGUCUGUGCAAAUAAAAACUACAAUUGCUACAGUGUGAUGCAGGUUUUAGUUCCUGUGUUUUGUUAAAGCGUGCCACAACUGGUUCCACCAGUCUAUAGAGAUGUUACAAACUCUACAGGUAAAUGGAGAAAAUGUUUCACUGAGAGUAAUUUUCACAUGACUGAUGCCUGUUCUUUCUACAGGUCAAUAUUAAGAAUGCAUUUGAAAACUGUUUGCAAUUAUUACAAUUGAAAAGAAACAAAUAAAGAAACUCAGAUACUGUAUUAGGCAUACUGCAUGU